AGCAAAUACCUGGGUUAUGGAUUAACCCAGUUCCAGCUGUCAUGGCAGCGGGAAGGCAGACUUACCGUCUCUCCAGGGCCCACCCCUGUGUCAGCGACUGCAGAAUGUGGCGGCUGGCAGGUUUGCUGCUGUUCGUGACCACCUGGGGCAUUUCCAGCACCCCAGUCCCUCCUGACUCAGUAUUCUCCAGCAGCCAGCGUGCCCACCAGGUGCUGAGGAUCCAAAAACGUGCCAACACCUUCUUGGAGGAGGUCCGGCCUGGCAACCUGGAGCGUGAGUGCUAUGAGGAGGUCUGUGACUUCGAGGAGGCCAAGGAAAUUUUCCAGAAUGUGGAUGACACACUAGACUUCUGGUCCACGUACUUCGACGGUGACCAGUGCAUAAGCCUGCCGCCGGAGCACCUGUGCGUCAGUUCCUGCUGCGGACACGGCACGUGCAUCGACGGCCUUGGCGGCUUCACCUGCGCCUGCAGCAGGGGCUGGGAGGGGCGCUUCUGCCAGAACGAGGUGGGCUUCAGCAACUGCUCGGCCGACAACGGCGGGUGCGCGCACUACUGCCUGGAGGAAGGGGAGGCGCGGCGCUGCUACUGCGCGCCGGGUUACCAGCUGGCCGAUAACCACCUGCAGUGCGAGCCCACGGUGAUGUUCCCAUGUGGGAGGAUACAGAAGCAAACGCAGAAGAAGCGAAGUAACUUCAAACGGGACACAGACCAAGUAGAGCAAGAAGAUCAAGAAGAUCAGUUAGAUCCAAGGAUUGUCAACGGGACUGAGACCAGACAGGGAGAGAGUCCCUGGCAGGUGAUCCUGCUGGACUCCAAGAGGAAGCUGGCCUGCGGCGGGGUGCUCAUUCAUGCCUCCUGGGUACUGACUGCAGCCCACUGCAUGGAUGGAUCCAGGAAGCUCACAGUCAGGCUUGGUGAGUACGACCUGAGGCGCAGAGACAAAGGGGAAGUGGACCUGGCCAUCAAAGAGAUCCUCAUCCACCCCAACUACACGCGGAGAACCACCAACAACGACAUUGCACUGCUCCGCCUGGCACGGCCCACCAUCCUCUCCAAGACCAUCGUGCCCAUCUGCCUCCCAGACAACGGCCUUGCAGAGCGAGAGCUCACUCAGGCUGGCCAGGAGACAGUAGUGACAGGCUGGGGCUACCAGUCUGAGCGGAAAGGGGAUGCCAAGAGGAGCCCCACCUUCAUCCUCAACUUCAUCAGGAUUCCCGUGGCCCCUCGAAACGAGUGCAUCCAGGUCAUGAAGAAUGUGGUCUCUGAGAACAUGCUGUGUGCAGGCAUCCUUGGGGACCCCCGGGAUGCCUGCGAUGGUGACAGUGGGGGGCCCAUGGUUGCCUCCUUCCAAGGCACCUGGUUCCUGGUGGGCCUAGUGAGCUGGGGCGAGGGCUGUGGGCUGCCUAACAACUAUGGCAUCUACACCAAAGUCAGCCGCUACCUUGACUGGAUCCACAGCCACAUUGGGAAGGAGGACAACUCCCCCCAUGGCCAUGUGCCAUAGCCCCCUGCUCAUCUCUGGACCCCAGAGGCCCUUGUGUGGGGCUGGGUGGCCGGUGGCAGUGUAUGAGCCAUUAAAGUGGCAUACAGUAAGCA